UUUUGGUAAAAAAAGCCUCGAAAGUUAAACAGGUUAAAUAUUAUGGAAAUAUAUGAUAAUUAAUGUAAAUUCAUACAAUUUCUAUUUAUAGAUUAGUUAUAUUAUAUUAUAAAUAUAAAGAAACUGUUUAGUAUAAAAUAGACUUUUCAAGUGUUAAGAGACUUAAAUAUAAGUAAAAUGAGUAGAAGUAUAUUUUCUAUGAUACAAAAAUUAUCAUCUAAUAUAAAAAGUAGUAAUAUGGCACAAAUAGCUUUUCUACAAAAAGUUGCUUUGGAAGAACGUUGUAUUCUUGUGGAUGAAUUUGAUAGACCCAUUGGUAAUGCAUCAAAACGAGAUUGUCAUAGAAUUAACAAUAAUGGUACUAUACCUCUUCAUAGAGCCUUCAGCGUUUUUUUAUUCAACCAGGAUAAUGAUUUAUUAUUGCAAAAACGUUCUCCAUGGAAGGUAACAUUUCCAGGCUGUUAUACAAAUUCAUGUUGCAGUCAUCCUUUAGCAGAAAUUCCUGGAGAAACUUUAGAGGAUGAUGCGAUAGGUAUCCGUAGAGCAGCGCAAAGAAGACUUAAUUAUGAAUUGGGUAUUCCGUUAUCAGAGAUUCAACUUUCGGAUUUCUUUUAUUUAUCAAGAAUUCAUUACUUUUCUUCGGGAGAUGGAAUUUGGGGUGAACAUGAAAUAGAUUACAUAUUAUUUCUACAGAAGGAUCAUAUAACAAUUGAUCCCAACCCCGAUGAAGUAAGUGAAGUUCAAUGGGUAUCAAAAUCGAUGAUUAACGAUUUGACACGUACAAUAAAAGCACCAUUAACACCUUGGUUUCAACUUAUACUUCAGUAUAAAUUACAACUAUGGUGGGAUAAUUUAAAAACUUUGGAUAAAGUACAAGAUUAUUCUGUAAUACAAAAAUAUUUGUAAUACAUUGAUAUAAUUAACUCUAUUUCUAUACAAUUUAUAUGUAUUAUUUUAUAGUUAUAUGUAUUCUUGCUGUGGAAAAUUUUGAAUUUCUAUGCUUAUAAUGAAUUUUCAAAUUUAAUUUUUAUGAUUGAAAUUUAUGGUUAUUUUUUCGGAAAAAAUAUUAUAAUCUUAAAUUUUCUAUUUUAUCAGAUUAUAAUGUCAGUAUAUUAUAAUGGACAAAAAUAUUUUAUUAUUAUUAUCAUCAUUGUUUUAAUUGGGAAUAUUGUAAUGUAAUUCAAAUAAAAUAUUUUAUAUACAUUAUAUUACAAAAAUAUUAUUUUCACAUAGAAAAAAAUUAUCUCUAAUUUCAUUGAGAUCGUUAAUCUUGAUAAAAAAUUAUAUGAGCAGUAGAGUUUGUUAAAUGAUGUAUUAUAUAUAUAUUUUGUUUAAUAUAGUAUUAUAGCAUAUGUUUAUUAGGUACUUCCCGAGAUAAAACAAACACUUAUGAUUUAUGAUAAUGAUUCAUCAUAAUUAUCUAAUUAUUUUGUCAAAAGACCUUGAAUUAGAUCAUCAAUUAAGUUAAUAUAUGAUAUCGAUAGCAAUUUAGAUAAUAUUACCCGAAAGUUGAACCUUCUUAAUUUGAAUCAAUAAAAAGAUUAAUUGAUAAAAAAAUAUCAUUUAAAUAAAAAUUAUGAAAAAC